AUGGCUGUUUUGACCUCAAUAAAAGUAUUUCUGUAGGUCCUUGUUCCUGUGUGAAGUGUGUGUGGCGUCUUGUGAUGCCAGGUGGUGUAGUGGACUGCAGGCUCAGAGAGCUGCUGUGCUGUGCUGUGCCGUGCCUCUUGCAGGUGGAGUGUCUGUCAGACGAGCUGUUCGCCCACAGGCACCAGAGCUGCGAGAGCCGGGAGAAGCUCCGCUGGACCACCUGGGAGAAGAGCAGGAGACAGAGACGCAGCAGCAGGUCCUCGUGUGCCGGCCCCACCCCCCCCAGUGUGGAUGGUUCAGGCAGGGCCUCCAGUGGGCGGCCCCAGGCCCAGGCCCACCCCCACCCCCACCCUGACUGGGGCCCCUGGACCCCUCAGACUCCUGGAGACUCAGACGGGGAGGAGCAGGAGGAGUGCCUGCCUAAACUCCCAUGGGAGAAGCGUGCGUUCCCACUCAUUGGGGAAGAAGAGGAGGCUCUGGGGUCUGAUGGUGAAGAAGAAGAGGAGGAGCCGCUGGCCACGGCCUGGUCGGAGGGGGAGGGCAGCAACUCCACUGGAAGCUACAGCGGCUCUGAGCUGGCUGGCCCCACAGCGCCCUCCAGUGGACGUAGGAGGAAGCGCACAUGGAAGACUCCCAGACUGCACAGCUGACGUCUGAGGUUGCCAUGGCGUCCUGAACCCAGCACAGAACUCCCAGCAGCCCAGAGGUUACCAGAGCCCACAGGAAAGGACAUUAAACCCAGGAAGGGUCAGCGGGACCUGACUGAGACCUGUGAACUGGUCCCACUAUGUUGAAGUCUGGUCCGACCAGCCUGGUGUCAGAAUUGGACCCGACCCUCAGGGGCUAAGAAGGCCGGUACUGGAUGCCUUGUGACUUUGUCAGGCCACAGUGUGUUGCUGUGCAGCACGUGUGUGUUUUUAUCGUCACCCGUCUUUCAGAGUGUACUCUUGCUGUGUUUGGCCACAUGUGUUUUUUUGACAGAUGUGGACUUCUUGCACAAUACAAGAGUGUCCAUCUGCAAGUACAGGUCUUUAUUGAAUCUCCUCUUUUCAGAAGUUUUUUUUCAAUUUCAAACUGUCCUUCACAUAUUUAUUCCACAGAGAGUUUUUGUUUGUUUAUUUCAUUUGUUGUUUUGUUUAUGUAGUCUUCAUUACACUACAACUAGAGGUAUUUGUAUCAUUAUAUUGUAUAUUGGGAAAAAAAAGUUCAGAAACUGGACUGUGCUAGUUCACUGUUAACAUUUCUUUUAAAGUUAUUGCAGUAUAAAAUCUAAGCGUUCUGGGUUUUAUUGUAAAGUAUUUAUUUAUUUAUAUGUGUGAUAACAUUUGUGUGAGUGUGUGUGUGUGAGCAUGCAUGUUGACAUGUGGACCAUUUGUAUCUAAACAUGAACAUGCAUUAGAUACCAGUCCGUAAAGCAGAUUUCAGUUGUAAUGUUUUUAAUGUUUGAAAGCAAUGUUCUACAUGUGUAAGUGAUGUUCUCUCAUUUACAAAGUCUUCGGUGUGUCACUGUAACAUGGUUAAUGUCAGUAUGUUCGAAGUAAAUGCUGAUCAUCACAAGAAAA